AUGACCACCGCGACUGUUGAAGCUCUCUCUCUGGCGUCGCUGACCGCACUACUGUCGCAGCCGCCCCAGUAUCCCCGCAAUCCAACUCACAAGUCGCAUCAGCCCCUCGUACUUUACAUUGUCCGGGUGCCUGGCAGUAGAGACGUUGUCCUAACGCCUCUAAAACCUCCGACGAAGGCUUCGAUAAGCCUCGAUGCGAUACAGACGAGUCUAUACUAUUUACACGUCGAAACCGCCGAUGAUGAAGUAGUCAAACAAUCGCUCGAGGCUGAACGACGGGCCUCCGAUGAAAACAGACCACCUCCUGUUCCCAUUCAGCGCAAGCCUUUGCCACCUACAAGUUUCGCCAACUACCCGCCUUCACGGAGGCCGCCUACACCACCCAAAAGCUACCCCGAUUUCCAACCCGCGGGCGAUAAUAGUAACAAGCAGUACGAUCGAUAUGCUGCAAGAGGUAGCCAUGUCAGACUAGGGGUUGACACUACAGCAAAGCAGUCAAAGCCCCGUGGCGCAAGACCGAUGCCUUCGACAGGAGUCGCAUAUCACGAUAAUCAGUCUCCCCGCGAUGCUGUCGACGAGUCCGCCAAUAUUCCUACCAAACUUCAGAUUCCUGAGCAGCCACCUUCCUUCGAUGCAGCAACUCUGUCUGCGCUUACACGGCAAGAGAGCCCAAGUAGUCCAUCUCCGGAUAUUAUUCCGAGCCACUUCACCAAGUUGACGUUAAUUAGACGGGAUCCGACCUCGGGUGCUCAGUGGAAUGUGGGUAGCAUACGGGUAGGUACUCGGCGCCAUCAUUUAUCACCCCUGCAGCCUGUCGAAGUUACGCUCACGAGCCCUGGAUACACACGAUUUGCGCAGAUGCCGGAUACUGCCUCGCCUGUCAAGCGGGCUUCAUUCGAUCUACUGAGAUCCCCUUCUCCGCCCAGGGGCAACCCGUUCUGGCGAUACGUCGGAUUUCGCACUGUUGCCGACGAGAAGACAAGCCUGCAAGACGUACGAGUCAGUUCCAACGAGUUCAGCGAACAGUCAAAAGGAUCGAGCAACAAGAAGCCGCGCCAGGUCUACUCUUUCACUUCGCCAUGGCAAGGAAUGUGCAUUUUCAGUAACGGGGUUGAUGGCAAGAGUCUGCGUCUGAGGCACUCUCUCCCCACAAACAGCAAUGCAAUCGGCGAGCAAGGAGCUGGUGUGGCAGAGCUCCGGCUGAAUCUCCCAUGGUCGAUCCUGCGCGCGAGAGAAGCCAACCGGCAGUCUGCAUCGGAGCCUGAGAAGUUACCAAUAUCUGAACUCAUCGGUAAAUCCAAGAAGGAGCAAUUUCGUCGAAGCAUGCAGAUGCUCAAGCACGACUCGAAACACUUAUUGCGAGAGUUACGGGAAGGCAAGUCUUCCGGCGAUGAUAAUGCAGUCGAGCGGAAGCUGCCUAGCGGCGCUGAGCUUGUCGAUGAGAACUAUCGCUUGAGUCUGAAGCUCGGCCGUGAAAAGGCCGGAGGAGGAUUCAAGGGUGAUAGUGCGAAACUUGGAAAGCUGAUACUGGAGGAUGAGGGGCUGAAGAUGGGUGAUUUGGUAGUGGCCUCUUGUAUGGGAUGCUGGUGGCAGCAUUACCACGAUACAGUGCAAUGA